AUGUUCAGAGAACAACAGCAUCAUUCGAAACCGGAUGUCACCGCCCACUUAGUGGAUAAACCCUUGAAGUCGAGCGACAGCUCUCUGUUUGACUACUCAUCGGAGGAAAAAAUUUCAGAGGCUUGUCAGCCAUUGUGUCAACUGGCCAGUAAACCUAUGCCGAGCUUGACGUUCAUCGCCGAAUCACUGAAAUCGGUGAAAACGAAGCCCGUGGUGCUGCUUGACAGGAUAAACGUUAACAAACAAACCGUUGAUUCAGAAGUCGCUCAAUCGAACAAUAAAAAAAAGCGUGAAAGAAAAAAUUCAAGGAAAUUUUUUAUUUUAAAGCGUCGACGGGUCAGGCAUAUUUCGCCGGUUGACUGUGGAAACAACACCAAUAACGUUAUCAGUCAAAUAAAUGCUCGUGAAUUGUUCGUUGAGCUUGAGGAUAUAAAGGACGUUUUGAAAUUAUCCGUGAAAGAUGUAUUUAAAAGCGGGCCAUCGUCGGUGGUACCGUUAAAGUCGCGCCAUUUUAAGAACAGGCCCAAAAGAGAAAAGCAGAAGGAAAUAAAACGGGUACAGCCAACUCCUAGGCUCAGUGGACGCCGCCAUAAUCGAUCACUAACGACUGCCUCACAUAGCAGCAGUUCAAGAGGAUGCAAGUCAAACUAUGACAAACGGCAUGACUCGACAUCAAGUGAACAUCCGUCGUCAUCUUACCCGUUCAUGGAUAGUAUAUUGCUCGAUGAAACCAUACAGCCGGUUGUUAGCCUAGAUAUGCUAGAUCUAUCGUUGAUCCGCAUUAAUCAUAACCGCGUUGAUCUCACUGCCCCUGAAUGCGAGUAUUUGCUCGCUGCUUCAGCUUAUCCGCAAAAUGUAAUGCAUUCUGAUUUGGGACAGAAUCACAACUGCCUAGAUUCAAAAAAGGAUCAAGAGAAAUCGCAGAAAGUUUUUGCGAGCUCUGUUUCGAACGAUCAGUACGAUUUGAGUCAAGGUAAGGAUGUGGCAGUCGACGAACAAGAGAAAAAUGUGACAGAUGAUGAUGAUCAUGUUCACAGUUCGGUGGCCAGUUUCGAAGGGUCGUUCAAACAAGAGGUCAGUGUUGAAUACGCUUUCGACAAUAUCGUCAACGAAGUUGCCGUUUUCUGUUGGCCACUAAGCUCUUGUUGUUCUCUGGACAUCUCCUCUCGUGUGCAGAAAGUCUCUGCAGUCGAUUUGAACGAUGAAAGGUAA